AUGGAAGUAUCAAGUGGAUUAAACCCAAGAGUUAACCCGGUUGGAUUGCAUAAAGAACAAGAAGAGAAUAAUGAAGGACAAGAUCUUCAAAUCUUUGAAUUGGACUCAGUCGAGUAUGUUAUUCGAUCUGAUCGCCAUUUUCAUUCGAUGAAUGCACUUGAAAUUCUGAGGGAAACUGUGAGAAUUCUUCGAUAUAAUUCAACGGGUUUUAUGGCAAUUGCAGCAUUGCUAAUAUGCCCUGUAACGGCAGUGCUUUUGUCGAAUGUGCUGGUCAAUCAGUCCCUUGUGAAGAGGCUGACCAUACGGUUGUUGCUAGUUGCAAAAUCCAGUGGACUCCCUCUCAGGCCUUUUAUCAAACAGUCAUGCCAAAAGUUCGCAGAAAUGGCAAUUUCAGCUGUAAUGUGUUUCCCUUUGUUUGUUACAUUGUCGUUGUUGUCAAAGGCUGCUGUGGUUUACUCGGUUGACUGUACUUACUCGAGGAAAAGAUUUGAUUCUUCAAAGUUCUUUGUGAUUGCUUCGAAGAUUUGGAAGCGCAUCUUUGUGACGUACUUGUGGGUUUGUAUGGUGAUUGCUGGUUGCCUCGCAUUGUUCCUUGUGCUACUGGUUGUAGUGAGCUGCAUGUUUUCAGUUAUGGGAUUCCCUUCAGAUUUGAUUUUGUAUCCUGCAAUGGUAGUAGGAUUGAUUUUCUCCAUAAUUUUGGCGAAUGCUAUCAUUAUAUGCAACAUUUCUAUUGUCAUCUCUGUUUUAGAAGAUGUUUCAGGGCCACAGGCAUUGCUGAGAUCGAGUUCUUUAAUUAAGGGGCAGACCCAAGUUGGUCUAUUGAUAUUUCUUGGAUCGACAAUAGGGAUGGCUUUUGUGGAAGGACUUUUCGAGCAUCGGGUAAAGACACUAAGCUAUGGAGAUGGUUCUUCAAGGAUAUGGGAAGGGCCCCUUUUGGUAGUAAUGUAUUCAUUUGUGGCGCUUAUCGACUCAAUGAUGAGUGCCGUUUUCUACUUCAGUUGUAAAUCUUACCGUAUGGAAUCUGCAAAUAUAGAAAGCCAACCGGUUUUAGAAGCCCUGACUAUUUCAUCCGGAUCAGCUGAUGUUCAAUAG